CCACAGCAGCACUGACAGGAGCUCUCAAAUCAAAUCAGAAUACAGAUACAAGGAGAUGUUAUUCAGUUGGAACAAGGGGGACAUUUAUUAACUCAGUGACAAGUCCUGGCUCCCGUGAUUAAACUCUGAUGCCAUUCAUGCCAGCACCCAAUCACGGACAAGACCAGAAGUUCAGAGAUGCCUACAAAUUGCCAACAAGUGUGGCCACUCUAUGUCAAGGGCUCUAAAACUGUGGCAGAGAGGAAGAACAGCUUUACAGAGGAUGCCCAGCUGGUAAGAGCUGACUGUUUAUGAUGCUCCGGUCACUUGAAGACGCUGAUUGGCUGAAAGGAAGAAAUGCUCCGCCUCUUAGCAAAUCUGUGUAAAGGGGGGAAGUGUCUAAACUUCUAUGUCUGAUGGCAUUUGACCCUAUUGCUUUCAGCCUCCUGGCUAUAUACCUAGAUAUUCUCAGGUGUAUAUGUAUAUUUUAUAGAAUUGUUCCCCAUCUGUUGGUAUCAAAGAGAGUUGAAGGAAAUGAAUUUUGAAACUUCACGGUGUGCUACCCUACAGUACUGCCCUGACCCUUACAUCCAGCGUUUCAUAGAAACCCCAUCUCAUUUCUCCUGGAAAGAAAGUUAUUACCGGUCCGCCAUGUCGCAGAGCACCCAGACAAGUGAGUUCCUCAGCCCAGAGGUGUUCCAGCAUAUCUGGGAUUUUCUGGAACAGCCUAUAUGCUCAGUACAGCCCAUCGACUUGAACUUUGUGGACGAACCAUCAGAAAAUGGUGCAACAAACAAGAUUGAGAUUAGCAUGGAUUGUAUCCGCAUGCAAGACUCAGACCUCAGUGACCCCAUGUGGCCACAGUACACGAACCUGGGGCUCCUGAACGGCAUGGACCAGCAGAUUCAGAACGGCUCCUCAUCUACCAGCCCCUAUAACACAGACCAUGCACAGAACAGCGUGACGGCACCCUCGCCCUAUGCACAGCCCAGCUCAACCUUCGAUGCCCUUUCUCCAUCCCCUGCCAUUCCCUCCAACACAGAUUACCCAGGCCCACACAGCUUCGAUGUGUCCUUCCAGCAGUCAAGCACCGCCAAGUCAGCUACCUGGACGUAUUCCACCGAACUGAAGAAACUCUACUGCCAGAUUGCAAAGACCUGCCCCAUCCAGAUCAAGGUGAUGACCCCACCCCCACAGGGCGCCGUCAUUCGUGCCAUGCCUGUCUACAAGAAAGCCGAGCAUGUCACCGAGGUUGUGAAACGAUGUCCUAACCACGAGCUGAGCCGCGAGUUCAAUGAGGGACAGAUUGCCCCUCCCAGUCAUCUGAUUCGAGUAGAAGGGAACAGCCAUGCCCAGUAUGUAGAAGAUCCUAUCACAGGAAGGCAGAGCGUGCUGGUCCCUUAUGAGCCACCACAGGUUGGCACUGAAUUCACAACAGUCCUGUACAAUUUCAUGUGCAACAGCAGCUGUGUCGGAGGAAUGAACCGCCGUCCAAUUUUAAUCAUCGUUACUCUGGAAACCAGAGAUGGGCAAGUCCUGGGCCGACGUUGCUUUGAGGCCCGGAUCUGCGCUUGCCCAGGAAGAGACCGGAAGGCCGAUGAAGACAGCAUCAGAAAGCAGCAAGUAUCAGACAGCGCAAAGAACGGCGAUGCUUUCCGUCAGAAUACCCACGGAAUCCAGAUGACUUCCAUCAAGAAACGGAGAUCCCCAGAUGAUGAGCUGCUGUACCUACCAGUGAGAGGCCGUGAGACUUAUGAAAUGCUGCUCAAGAUCAAGGAGUCGCUCGAGCUCAUGCAGUAUCUCCCUCAGCACACGAUCGAGACGUACAGGCAGCAGCAGCAGCAGCAGCACCAACACCUACUUCAGAAACAGACCUCGAUGCAGUCUCAGUCUUCAUACGGUAACAGCUCACCACCUCUGAACAAAAUGAACAGCAUGAACAAGCUGCCGUCUGUGAGCCAGCUUAUCAACCCACAGCAGCGCAACGCCCUGACUCCCACCACCAUGCCUGAGGGCAUGGGAGCCAACAUUCCUAUGAUGGGCACUCACAUGCCAAUGGCUGGAGACAUGAAUGGACUCAGCCCCACCCAAGCUCUUCCUCCUCCACUCUCCAUGCCCUCCACCUCCCACUGCACCCCCCCACCUCCGUACCCAACAGACUGCAGCAUUGUCAGUUUCUUAGCAAGGUUGGGCUGUUCAUCAUGUCUGGACUAUUUCACGACCCAGGGGCUGACCACCAUCUAUCAGAUUGAGCAUUACUCCAUGGAUGAUUUGGCAAGUCUGAAGAUCCCUGAGCAGUUCCGACAUGCCAUCUGGAAGGGGAUCCUGGACCACAGGCAGCUGCAUGACUUCUCCUCACCUCCGCAUCUCCUGAGAACCCCCAGUGGUGCCUCUACAGUCAGUGUGGGCUCCAGUGAGACCCGUGGAGAACGUGUGAUUGAUGCCGUGCGCUUUACUCUCCGCCAGACCAUCUCUUUCCCACCCCGUGAUGAGUGGAACGAUUUCAACUUUGACAUGGAUUCCCGUCGCAACAAGCAGCAGCGCAUCAAAGAGGAAGGAGAAUGAACGUCCGUCGCCGGGUUCUUCCUGUUUUCUUCCUCCUCCCAGCUCCCACAGGGCACGCCUGCUUGAUCCUCAAAGCCUUCUCGCUAGCUCUCCUCCUCCUCCUUCUCAGUCUGGUUUCUAAAGGGACGGAGAAUUAAGAGGCUACCUGUUACCUAAAGUCUGACCUGUCACCUGAUUCUGAUCCUGGCUUUAAGCCUUCAAUACUCUUGCUUGCAAGAUGCGUUGACAUUGCUAGAUAGACGUUAGCAGAGAAGCAGUGGGUCUCUCUAAGCACUGGAGAUCGCUCAUUGACUUUUAUAAAGCAUUUUCAGCCUUAUAGUCUAAGACUAUAUAUAUAAAUAUAUAAAUAUACAAUAUAUAUUUCGGGUGGGGGUAUUGAGUAUUGUUUAAAUGUAAUUUAAUGGAAAUCGAGUUGCACUUAUCAACCUUCUUUGGAAUUUGCUUGUUUUGGUUGGCUGAUCUGUACCCCUUUCUCAGGGGUAUCAUGUAUGGUGACAGAUAUUUAGAGUUGAAUGGUCUAUGUGAGUAACAGUGAUAUAUAGGUCCUCUCCUUUCUUUGGAUGAUUGCCGUUUAGCACAUCAAACCUGUGGAUGCGUCCAGUCUGUUUACCAUUGCUCCUUAUGAGGUAAAACUGCAUAUACUGUCAGUCUAUUUUAUGUUACUGGUGUCCAUUCCAGUUAGGCUGGUUCACUCUGUGGCCAUUCCAAGCAAAAUUUUAUGUUUGCUUUGUCACACACUAGAAGACAGGGCAUCAUCUCUUGCUUUUGUUUGAGAAUGAGGAGUACUUUUUUUUUUUUCUGGAAAAUCUUAAAUGGUCCAAAUCAGCCAUUCCAAAUGGCUGAUGAAAUGUAGCCAAUAUAGCAGUUAGCUCUCUAAAAUUUAAGACCCAACACCCUCGUAUUUAUUAGUAAAACAAAAAUGAAACAUUUGCUGUCAUUAGAGUAGCCUUAAAAUUAAAUUUCAAUACCAGAUUGACUGAGUAAACUAUGCAUUCAAUGUUGUUGUGAGAAUUGGGGCUAAUUAGUCAGGAUGAUUGGAAUUUGUGUAGUUUUUUAUGGUGAGUUGCAAUAUCUAUUUAGGAAGGUUCAGGAAUAAUAAGAAUGACUCAGAAAUACUCAAUCUCCGUGACAACAGAAAGCAAUCUCACCAAACUCUGAAUUUAAACCCCUUUUGAAACAUGGAGUGAGGCUUGGGAAAUGUACCUUUUAAAGACUUUCCUAUCUAUAAGACACUGCAUGCAGGGGCAAGUUUAAUCUCUCAUCAAGGUGGAAAAUAAGAAUAGUAGCUCGGAAACUACAAACUUGCUAGUGUAGCUUUCACAUGGCAUGAGCUCAACUAUUGUUAUUUUCCUCUUUAUCAUCAAAGCUCCAUUGCUGUAGAAAGCAGAGGUGAAGACCCAGUUUUCCACCUGACACUUUCCGGGCAAGGCAUAGACCAAGAACUGUCUACAAAACCAGGGCAAAGCUCUUCAGUGAAGCUGUUUAAUUCACAUGGAGAAACACUUGUUUCCCACUUUGGGAAAGCAUGCAACAGUGUUCCCCCUAGAUGUUUUGGAAACAUUUUGAGUCAAAUAUAUUUUUCCCAGACUAAACCAGGCUAAUGAGCUCUACAAUCCUCCUGCACAUUUUGGUAAAGGGCUGUCAUUGCACAGGAGCUCCCAUUUUUAUCUUAAAGUGCAAAUGGGCUAAUACGCCUACGAAAUGUAAUGUAUGGGUUUUGCCAGAAAAUAGUAUAUUGUGUACACGUGUCUGUGUGUGAGUGUGAGAGUGUGUGUGUGUGUGUGUGUGUGUGUGUGUGUGUGAAAUUGCAUACUAUGCUGGUUUUGUUUGUUACUCUUUCUCUUGGGGAUAGUUGGGUUUUCCAGAACCACAGACGAAACUUUUUUUUGUUGCUGUUUUUAUAUUUUUGCAGAAACACCAUUUAGUGAGAAUUCAAUGUCAAAUUAGACAUGACACCUUAAUUGUAAGAAGGGGGGAGAGGGAAAGUUGGUUUUUUUUAAUUUUUUAAAAUUUUGUAUACUAAAGAGAAUGAGUCCUUAAUUUCAACAUUCUGUUGCAUUUAAAUAAUGAUAAGCAUCAUUAACUUCUGUAACAACUUCCCAGCUUGGCAAAUUCAAUGCAUGGAGAACAAAGCUGGGCCUUAGCCAUGUUAGGGAGAAAAAUGGCUUCUUGGGGGUUGUGAGCAUUUGGGUUGCUUUAGCACCGUUGAGGUGGCACAGGGGACUCCUGAGGCAUUUCAGCACUACUUACGUAGCACUAGGGACUCGGAAAUUCCUGUACUGUAGCUAAUGAUUUUGGCGUUCACCAUUAGCAGUAGAUAGGCCGUUUCUCUCCUCACACCAGUGUUAAGCGUGUGAGUAGCCAGAGCUGUGGGGAAGAGCAUGGAGAACAGACGUCUGCUGGAUGCCUCUCACCGGAGAAUGAGAUUCCUUCGCGUGGUGGUGAAGUAGGAUAGGAAGCAGGAGUCUCCUUGUUAGUCCAGUUAGCUAUUGUUUUCUUGAUAUUCCCCCCCAAAACAUUGACUAUGAGAGAUAUGUGGGGCUUUUUUAUUUUUAUAAUUGUACAAAAUUAAACAAAUAUGAAAUGUUUUAUAUACUUUAUUAAUGUUUUUUUUCAAAAGGUACUUUCUUAUAGACAUGAUCCUUUUUUUACAGGUUCAGUUGCUUGUCCCUUGGUAUUUUUGUGUUAUGGGCUAUGGUGAGCCUGAGGCAAAUCUAUAAGCCAUUUUUGUUUGCCAGGACAUGCAAUAAAAUUUAAAAAUAAAUGAAAAUACACUGAGAAA